UGGAUUAUAAAAGGCUUUAUUCAACACUGACAAACGUAGUGUAAACUAACAGCGUGAUGCACAAAACUCUCUGGCAAAAUCGCUCAUUCCAUCCCACACCACAUUAAAAAGACAUAAUAUGAAGCCUCGCUACAAACCCUUGGACAGACCCGAAGGGGAAGACACGUGGUAUUGUCAUUUCAUCCCUAAACGAAACGAAAAGAUAUCGGAGGCAGCAAAUAACGCGGUAUCGCAGAUCCCAGAUCUCAAUCAAGGAAAGACAUCUCAGAAAGACGAAAAGCCCGAGAGAAAAUCGAACCGCGGAAAACCAGGUCCGAAUGAUUCCAAAUAUAUCCGACUCGCCAAAGCAGGAGGACGAAGGCACCUGCUCGAGUUUCACGAAAACACGAGAAAGGACUCGGGACCUCGUGGAUAUCCCGUGCCGGAAUGGUACUACGACUCAUACGAGACGGAUGAAGAGGAACACAACCCAAGAGGAAAAGAUAAGAAAAAGAUGUUAGCCCCAGAGCGUCCAGAUUGGAUGACCCACAUUGAGUUCGACCCAAAAACCCAGAAGCCUUCCUCUCGACGCAUGUGUCGCCCUGUUAUCGGUUUCGACGCGUUAUCGACUUGGAAACGAGACGACAUCGAACGAAAAUUGAACAACAAAGCGCGCGAGAUGGAAAGCAUUCGUUUCAAUAUUGAGAACCCAAAGAGGGUUCGUGAUAAUAAAAGGCUCGCUCAAGGCGGACAUGAGAAAGCUAAAGUUGUUAACAAGCGGACGGACGGGCCUAGGUUACCAGAGUUGCCCAAAAGAAAGUUGUCAGGCGCUGACCUCGCAGUGCGCUGGUAUGAUAAGUGGUACAUCGCCUGCAUAAAGAGCUGAUCAGUAGUUCCAUUACAAGAACACAUGAUCAGUAGUUCCAUUACAAGAACACAUGAUCAGUAGUUCCAUUACAAGAACACAUGAUCAAAUACUGAAACUAAAAGCUUAGUAGUUGGUCUAAAAUUAGUGGUGCAAAAAAAAAGAUCUUAUGAAAAAUCUCGCAAAGCCUUUUUGAUGUAUGCAUGAUUUUUAAUGAAUCGUGCUAUUUUUGUUUACAGUAAAGGGUUUAUUUAGAGACUCCAUUAUCCUAUUACAAACAACUAUUGAACAUACGUAUAGUCUUAUCAAAACAAAGGUUUCGUUGGCAAACGAAAUGUAUAUACGGUCACAUUUCUUGGAGUUUUUAUGAUAUGCUCAAUGAACCCGCUAGCAAGCGUAAAACCCCAUUUUUAUAUGGCUGUUUAUCUUUUUUGUUACUCAAGUUUUGUUACUCUUCUGCAAUGCCUUAUGUACACCAUGCUUUUUGGAGUUUCUCUUGUGAAUGGGAUCAACCUGAAUCCUGAUAAUCCAGAGGCAUUGUUGCGUUAGGUUCCCGUGAGGAUUUCGCCACAAACCGUAUAACAAUCCAACGAUGUGUAAAGAUAUAUUUAUUCGAUCUAGAAUGAAUGAAAGUUAUUUGAUUUACAUUGAUUGCAUGGAAUCAAAGCUUAUUUACAGUUAUUCAAACUCACAAAUAAACUUACUUCUGUUGCGUA